UACUCCGUUUCUCUAUUUCUACCAAGAGCUAAGCGUCGCGUUUUAUUCCUAAUCGGCCUUUUCCUCCCUAAACGAGCGCUGCUCCCCGCUCGAAUACAUACAGGGACAUAGGUAAAAGGACAAGGAGAAAUGGAAAAGAAAUAAAUGAAUUCCUCCGAUCGUCGGUAUCCGGUGUUCACAGUUUCAUUAGGAAUACAUUUCGUAUGCGUACAAAUAGUAAUCGUGCAGGGCACGCAUCGAUACGUACGAGGCGAUCUUAAGCGGAUGCAACGCGCGUGCGAUCGCGGGCCGAUCACCUGUCGCAGAUAUUAUUUAAUUACCGGUGUUCGACUAGCAGGAACACUCCUGGCGAUUGGAAUUAUCAGUAAAGGGAUGUCUUGAUUCGCUUUGUGUAGUAUCUUAUCUGUGUAAAGUUAAAGCCGAUAAUGCUCGUAAACGAAAAACAUCGAUCUACUGUUCGACUUCGAUGUCAAUCAAAAUUAGUACCGUACAGGACGGCGAGUGACAUCGUUGGAGCUCGAUCGUCGAAAAUUUUUUACCAUUUUCUCACCGCAAUUACAUAAUCGCACGGUAUCUGCCUACGCACCGACUUCUCGAUGACGCCAAAACAUCGCGGCCGAACGUUAGGCUACAAACUAUUAUGCAUGAUCGCCGUUCCAACGACAUACUUGCUCCUCGUAAACGCGUUAGCAACAUUUCGUCCGAAUCAUGCCUCGACCGCGACUAAUCCGGCUUUCACGAAUACGCGUCUUCGUAAGCUCCUACAGCUUACGAGUCAAACUGCUGCCGUAGAACCGGGAAUAGAGGAACCGAUAAACUGUACUCCGCCGGCGAUCAAAGAAUUUCCAUCCGAUGGUUUUACGCGGGAGCACAGGCAAUCAGGAUUUAUAGUUAUACACUUCGUAAUAGCGAUUUACAUGUUUCUGCUGCUCGCAGUUGUUUGCGACGACUUCUUCGUGCCCUCGCUUAAAAAGAUUUGCGAGAAGAUCAACAUAACAGAGGAUGUUGCAGGAGCGACGAUUAUGGCAGCGGCUAGCUCUAGCCCGGAACUGUUCAUCAACAUCGUAGGAACCUUCGUCACGGAAGGGGAUUUGGGUGUCGGGACGAUCGUCGGUUCCGCGGUUUUUAAUAUUCUAGCUGUUCCCGCCUGUUGCGGAGUAUUUGCGAAUCAGGUAUUAAAUCUGAAAAAAUGGCCCGUGUCACGAGACACCAUUGCAUAUGCAAUUACGGUACUUUUAUUAAUUUUAACUCUGCGCGAUGGUCGCAUCGAAUGGUACGAAGGAUUAAUUCUCGUUUCUGCUUACGUUUUAUACAUUAUAGUAAUGUGCUACGAUAAAGCUAUACAUAAAUUCUGUAGACGCUUAUCAAAUAGAAGAAACCAGUACAAAAAUCUGUCAGAAAAAAGUCCUCUAAUUUCUACUGAUUCAAUUAAAGGCACGGAAAUCCAUUUACUGGAAUCGAGCGAGGAGGAUGAAACACUCGAGAUUGUAAACAUGACGAAUUGGCCUAAUUCGGUGUGCGAAAAACUGUGGUGGAUCCUCACAUGGCCGAUAAACUUCGUGCUUCUUAUUACGAUUCCCGAUUGCAGACGAAACUCGUUAAAGUCUUGGUACCCCGUUACGUUCUUCAUGUGUAUAAUAUGGAUAGCGAGUACUUCUUACAUCGUCGGAUGGGUCAUCACCGUGAUUGGCGAUACAUUUAGGAUCCCUGACUCCAUAAUGGGAUUGACCUUUCUAGCGGCAGGAAUGAGCGUACCGGAGGCUGUGUCGAGCGUUAUCGUCGCGAAUCAAGGACACGGGGCCAUGGGUAUAAGCAAUUCGAUUGGCUCGAACGUGUUCGACGUUUUACUUUGCCUCGGACUACCUUGGUUUCUCAAGGCUGCGUUUUUCCCGACGGUAGCUGGCAAUCAUUAUGUGACGAUCAAUUCGCAAGGACUCGUUUACAGUGCAAUAUCGUUGUUCUCUACCCUUACUGUUCUUUACUUGUCCCUUCUGUUUGCCAAAUUUAAAUUGACACGGAACGUUGGAAUAGCCUGUCUUAUUAUGUACAUCAUCUUUUUGGUGUUCGCCUCUAUUCUCGAGCUCAACCUAUUCUUCGUGGUAAAUUUGCCUAUAUGCAUUGAAUGACAAUGACUUUCUUCCUGACGUGCCUGAUGUGCGUUCGCUGGUAUACCGCGCUAACUAGCUUAACAUACAUAUUCGUCGUCGUAUUCGCGAAGCACACUACGUAUGGUGCUUGGAAAAGACUAUGGUACUGUCAUGGGCACUGAACAUGGACUUGGAAGAGACUAUGAUGAAAAUAAGGUAUUGCGCUCGCGGAUAUUUAAUAUUUUUACUUAAUCGAUAGUGCAAUACGCGUGGUAUAUUCAACAACCGGAACCUGAACCGGAACUCAAGUGUACCAUUACGUGUAUUAAGUAUUUAUCGCUGUAUAUAAGCACAUAUAUAUAUAUAUAUGUAUACAUGUAGAUAUGUACGCGCAUGCACGAGAGUAUGUAUGUGUACUUAAGGAUAGGUAAAUCUUGGUUAAUUUUUGAACAGCCUCGUUUAAUUGUGUCGCGAUCAGGAUAAGAGAAAGUAUGAUCUUAGCGAGUGUUUCUACUCAUAAAACAUAGGCAUCGUUUCAUUUCUGAUCAAUGUAUUUUAGUGUUACACAUUUAUUUUACAAAAAUCAUGUAGUCCAGAGAAAAUAUAGACAUAGCAGAUUA